GGGCUCUGCUGCUUCGCACCCAAGUGUGGCCGAGACGCCAGAGCGGAGUGGGAGAGGAAAGGUGGGAAUGGAGUUGGCGAGCAGUUGUAGCGUCUUCCUCUCGGCCGCUCUCCCUCCUGUCUUCUGCAGGAGUCGAUGGAGAAGCAGAAGCGGUGGCUUCGCGAGUGGUGGCGCUAAAUUUCAUGUCAGCUCCAAUUUGGAGGAAGAAGCUAUGAAGCACAAUGACCCUGAAUCUUCAUCGGGCAAAAUUAACAUGAAGGAAACUAAGUCACUGCCUUCAAGACGUAAAUGCCUUACUUGUUUAUGUGCAUCUCUAGCAGUAAUAAAUAUCUCUGGUCCUUCAUUCUAUGCACCCACUGGACUUGCCUCAGAGAAGAUGGAGGGCUCCUCUAGUAAAUUAAAAUCUGUAUGUCGAAAUUGUGCUGGAAGUGGCGUAGUAUUAUGUGACAUGUGUGGCGGCACAGGAAAAUGGAAAGCACUCAACCGAAAGCGAGCAAAGGAUGUAUAUGAGUUUACUGAGUGCCCAAAUUGUUAUGGUCGUGGAAAGCUGGUCUGCCCAGUUUGUCUUGGCACAGGCUUGCCCAACAACAAGGGGCUUCUUCGGCGACCAGAGGCACGAAAGUUGCUAGAGAAGAUGUAUAAUGGCAGGCUGUUGCCCACAUCUUGACUACUGUUCCAGGCAUGUUCGACAGCUUGCAGUUUAUUGCCCAUAAUUUCUUAUUUGUAGCAGAACUACAUGUUUGAUUACAUGAUCUACCAUUCCAACCAAAGCAAUGGUUAUAUGGAUUCUUUUGUGGAGCUUAUGAGCAUACCUACAAGGUUGAUUGUUAACUUCAACCAACCUGUUGAUGGAAAAAGGAUGCACACAACAAGAAGUUAGUAUAGUCUGGAUUUUUCACAAAUGCUUCAGUGCUGAUUUAGAAAAAAAUAUUCCCUUAAUGUAUAUACCAGAUCACAAAUGUUUGUGCAGAAGCAUAUUUUGAGCUCAACUGGUAAAAAGGUCUAAUGUAUUCCUAUUUCUGGGUCAAUGGUGAUUCAUGCUUGAGAGACAUGUGAGCAUAUAUAUAUACUAUGAACCAACUUGCUUUUU